CGUCGCUGUGAGUCAGAGAAGACGUGUGGGCGGAGUUAAAGUAAGAUGGCUGCGGGAAAGCGAAGAGUGUUUGAGAAACCAUCAAAUGGGAUGUUUAUCUGUUGCUAACAGGAUGCACAGCAGCCUCAGUGAAGGAGUGGUUAAUUUCUUAGCGUCCCUGACUCACUGUGGUCUGUCUUGCCGGUUGUCUUUUGGUCGCCUCCUAUCUUGUAAUCGCUUACUGCUCUGACAUUGUGGAAUUCAUCAGCAGCUAGUCGCUAGCAGCAUACCAGCGCUAACUUACUAGCAACCAGCUAGCAGGUAGCAGCCCAAGGAAAACACCACCUCGCAACAACUGUUGAGACUCCCAUAAGAAAAAGCAGUAGGCAGAGGCACGAGUGUGCAUCAUAGCUGAGCCGCUGAUGAGGAAGAGUCAAGCUGUGGUUUAACUAGAGUGCCAGUCCUGACCGGCUAUGGAGUGGUGUUGGCUUCAGACUGGAUGACAGCGUCUACAAGGAGGACAGGGUCACAGAGUUUCUGAAGCAGCAGCAGCAGGCUUUUCCUAGAUGUACACUGAGCGGGAUUGACAGCCUGCACAGCCGACCUCUUUCUCCUCUUCUCUGAUGUGAUACACUUUCCCUUCCCUUUCUGCCCUUCUUUUUGCACUUCUCUUUUCCUCUCUCCCACUUCUUGUUUUCCUUUUGUUUUCCCAUAUAAUUUCCUUUGCCUUCUGUUAGACUCAACGUCAUUGAGUUUUAGUGACCUUUGGUCUGCUUUAAGCUGGUUUCACUAUGAGCUGGCUGAGCAGGUUAAACCCACGGGCUUCGGGGAGUCGGUCGAGCCGGAGUGCCGCCCCUUCCAGCCCCUGCACUGCAGACCCAGAGACCUGUCUCAUGGUGUUUGAGAACCACUGGAGACAGAUCUCUUGGGUGUUGGAGCAGCAUGAGACUUCAUCCUCCAGCGAUGACCUUACAGCAGUGAGAAAUAACACCGACCAGAUGUUAUGUUUGCUGGCAGAGGAGCGUCCAGCUGAGAGCUCAGAGAGCGGCGCCAGCGUGCCACCUAUGGGGCCCAUACUGGAGCUUGUGGUCACAGAGAAUAUCCUGGAGAGGCUGGUUCAGUGGCACCUUCGCCGUGGCUUGGACCCAGACAGCCAGGGUGCACUGCUCAAACUGUUUGAGAUGCUUAUCGGUCAGUCCCAGCAGCCCCUGCUGCAGCACACAGCCAUUCUCCACCCCCUCCUGAGGCUCCUGGGAGCUUGUGCUGACCCAGAACUCGGCUGUCCUUCAGCUCUGGAGAACAGCCUGGUAUUGUUGCUUAACCAGAUCUGUGUGUCAAUGGCCCGACAGCCGGUGGUUCUAGAGAUGUUGUUCCGGGCUGCGCCGGCCCAGCAGGGCUCGACCAACCUGCUGAUCUUUUCCCUGCUUGUGCCAUUCAUCCACCGAGAUGGAGCCAUUGGACAGCAGGCGCGAGAUGCACUACUGCUGGUAAUGGCGGCGUCAGCCAGUCAUGAGGCUGUUGCACGAUACAUCGCUGAGAACUCCUACUUUUGUCCGGUGUUGGCGACAGGCCUCAGCGCUCUUUAUUCCUCUCUGCCGAGGAAGAUAGAAGUUCGAGGAGAUGACUGGCAUGCCCUUCGGCGGGAGGACUGGAUGGGCGUGUCGUCACUCGUGCUCUUCAUGAACUCGCUCGAGUUCUGCAACGCCGUGGUGCAGGUCGCCCAUCCCCUGGUCCGCUCACAGCUUUUGGAUUAUCUUCACAACGGCUUCCUUGUACCUGUCAUUGGCCCCGCCCUGCAUAAGUCAUCGGUGGAUGAGAUGAUCGCCAGCACAGCCUACCUUGAUCUUUUCCUGCGCAGUAUAACAGAGACUUCCCUCCUUAAAACUUUCCUGCGCUUCAUCCUGCUGCAUCGCCAUGACAAUGACACCAUCCUGGACACGCUGCUCACGCGCAUCAGCAGCAAUUCAAGGCUCUGCAUGGUAUCGUUAAGCCUCUUCAGGACUCUCCUGUCCUUGAAUUGUGAAGACAUCAUGCUGCAGCUUGUACUCAGGUAUCUCCUGCCAUGUACUCACGUAAUGCUGAGUCAGCGUCGUGCUAUCAGGGAGACUGACUUAUACGGAAAGUCAGCGGACAAGUUCCUGUCAUUGAUCCCAGAGUGCUGCCGGUUCAACGCAGCUGCCUCCUCUGAGAGAGAUGAGGAUAAUCCAUUUUGGGGCAAAGUACUGAACAGUCCCAGCACAGAGUCUCCUGCCCCACCCAGACCCAGCACUCCAUCCCGCUUGUCCUUCUUCAUGAGACAGCAGAGCAGUGGAGGUGGAUCAGGAGGUGGAGGUGCUCCUAUCCCCUCUAGCAUGGAUCCACUGCAGUCCGGUUCUUCGAGCUCCCACCAGAUGUCUCCUGACAGCCCGAUGCACCAUCAGCAGACCCACACAGAUUGUCUGGACUGGGAUUCGGGUUAUCUGGAGUAUCUUAAGGAUGCUCGGAGGAGCAUUGAGCUUUGCUCUUGGGCUUGUCGUGACUGGUCGGCACCAUAUGAUGGCGAAAGCCCAUCCCCAAACACAGCCCCACCACCCCCACUUCCCCCUACCUCCAAUCCCUCCAUGACUAUGUUCCCUGAGCACUUCUCUUUCCAGCAGGGAGGAAGUCAUAACUCAUCUCCUGGUCAACAAAGGGCGGCCAUUGUGGCAGCAGCGCGGUCUGAAUGGAGUAGCUCUGAGCGGGACAGCGGAGAGUGGGAUGUUACGAUUGGCAAAAACAACUGCAUCAGCCUAACGCCUCGCUCCAAGAAACGCAGCCUUCAGAGAGAGGAGCUGCCUCCCAAGCCUGUACCUCCUCUCGUACCUUCUUCAUCUUCAGCAACCGCUUUAUCCACUUCUCAUCCCAUCUCCUCCCCAGCUCCUCACAUCCCCUCAUCUGCCAUCACUGUUAGCUACCAGGCUAUGUACAAUGGAACAAUGGUGCAGGGAGACGGGUGCUCAGACAGUCGCGAUAGAGGACUGGAGGUGAAGAAAGUGAAGAGGGACUUGGGAGAUCAGCAGUAUUUGGAUGAAAACGCCAACCAAAAUGGUUCCCUUGUUACCUGCCCCUCGCAAAGCUGCACUGCUCUCCCAAAGUCUAUUUUCAGCAACAGUGACAUCAGUGAUGCACAAUCUCUUUGUCCUAGCAAGAUUUUCACUCAGACCUCCAUUAACCAGUCAGCAUCUGAUACCAAACUCUUGACAAGUGAAACCUUAAACCCACAUGAUGCAUCCUCAGAGCUUCCAGAACCCAGUCAGCAGUCUGUAGAGAGUCUCAUUGAGGAGCUGCUGGAGCAGGCGCCGGGAGACCCACAGCUGCCUGGCGAUGCCAACGGUCAGGGCAUUAGCAUCGAGGCGUUCACACAGGAGCUGAGAGAACUGGAGGACCGGGUGAAAGAACGCUGCAAAGCAGCCUGUCAGCUGGAGGAAAUCGCCAGAGAGAGUCUGUCCACUGAGCGCCAGGAAGAAGAACAGCAGCUGUCAUCAGCACUGGAGGGGAAGCUGACAGGUGACGUGAAGGCAGACGGGUCUGCGGUGGGCAUCUGUAGUCCUGCCAGACCACUUAACCAACCUGUCUCCCAGCCAUACACAGGUCCAUUCAUGACAGUUCUGUUUGCCAAGCUGGAGAACAUGCUCCAAAACUCGUUAUACGUCAACAUCCUGCUCACUGGCAUUGUGGCCCAGCUGGCCUGCUAUCCUCAGCCUCUCCUACGCUCCUUCCUGCUCAACACCAACAUGGUCUUCCAGCCCAGUGUCAAGUCACUAAUCCAGGUUUUAGGUUCUGUGAAGAACCGCAUCGAGGCAUUUGCCGCAUCUCACGAGGACUUUCCUGCCAUGCUGAGGAAAGCCCAGCAGUACUUGGUGGCCCGAAGCAAAGUGGACUGGAGCGACUCGCCGGCACCAGUUCCUACUUUGCGCCGCUCGGAUUCCCUUGUGAAGAGUCGAAAGCCAUCUCUCGGAGACCUGAUUCUUCGUCACACAAACAGUCCAACACGGGCUCGGCACGCCGCUCAGCUCGCCCUUGCACACGUACGGGAUGGCGGCCAAUCACUGCACAGCGCUCUGUUCCGGGGCAGCGGAGGUGCGUCUGGCCUUGAGAAGCAAGCUGAAGCGCUGCGAGUAAAGAACGCCGUCUACUGCGCCGUUAUCUUCUGCGAGUUCCUCAAGGAGCUGGCUGCCCUCACGCAGGAGCACGCCGUCUCUUUGCCCUUCCCUCACAGCCAGGAAGCAGAGGAAUAGAAGGUAAACUCAGACUCCUCAAACUUAGCCUCACGUUUGUUGAUUUAGGCCGUACACAAAGAAGAAAGUUAAAUAGGAUUCUCCCAUCACCACAGGACACACUUGAGACUUUUUUGUCACUAAAAUGGAUCGUCUGCAACGAAGCAGACAAAAGAGGAAAACUGGGAUUUUUGUACCAAAAUUAUUAUAGGAUACCUAUAGGACUGGAAUCAUUUUCCUCAUCUGUACACUUAUGAUAUUGUGCAUAUCGUGUAUUAUAUUCACAUCCUGUACACAGAAAAUCUCGGUAAAUACUUGAGAUUUGGGAGCUUGUAUAUACACAUACCAUUUCAUGGUAUAAUACGACACAGUAAAGCCACAGAUUAAAGAAGUAGGUGCACAUAUUGGUGCUAGUCAAUACUUAUCUUUUGUUUUGAAAGGGUGCUUUCAGGUUGGCACAAAGAAGGUUUCCUCUUCAACAACAACAGUAAAAACCACCAAAUAUUGUUUGUCAGGAAAAGAUUGAAAGCGUGUGCGAGUCAGCCACUUACAAAGUAAUCCCAUCAGUUUGGUCAUCUCCGUGGAGCUGGCUCAUGUUUGCUUUCAUCAGAGCUUUUGUCAAGGACGGGCUAAGAGAAAAAGUUCACUUUAAAAAACAGAAGCGUUCCCAAAAAACAUGGGAGCUUUUUAGGUUUAUUUUAAAAGGCUGCACUAAAUGCUAGUCAUCACUGAA